CUUUCAUCUCAAUGUUUUCACUUUCCUUUGAUUUACGUCAUGUUCGUGUUCAGUAUGAAGAUUUGACACGUCGGAUUUUUAAUUUUUAAUGUAACACUCUGCUAAUAAAUAAUGGAAAGUACAGGCAAAACAAGACUUUUAAUACAGGGUCGAUCUGCAGGUGAUGGAAUGGAAAACACAUCUUUCACAGAAAAAAAUUAUUUAAAAUUUGAAAAAUCAAAUAAGAAUCAAAAUUUGCUUCCGGAUUUCUAUUCUAAAAAUUUUACCUCUCCAGGGAAACGUAAAGAGCCCAAGUUUAUACCUUAUGAGCCUUAUAAAGCUGCUGUGUCUUCCAUAAUUCCUAGCCCAAAUAAACAUGAAAAAAUUGUUCCACCAAAAGUUUUGGUUAAUUCUCAACAAGAAAAAAUUUUUCCACCAGAGAUUGUUAUAGAUUCUCAGAAAGUUAGUUCUCUGGCAUCUAGUAUAAUACAGCAUAAUUCAAAGAAACUGUAUUCCACUUCAGAAGAAAAAUAUGUUUCAUCAGAGCAUGUGGAAACAUCGGCAGAUGAGAAAAAGUGCUCUUCCAGUUGUAAUUUGAAAAUAAGUGCUUUAGAAAAACAAGUUAAACAACUUGAAAAAGAAAAGAAGGAACUCGAAUCUCAGUUUCGAAUACAGACAGAGGUUAAUGCAGAUUUAAAAAAGAUGUUAAUUGCCUCACUUGGGGAAGAUAUGCAGUUGAAAGUGCAAUAUAUGACUGAAGAUAAAGCAAGGCUUGGUAUGAAUGUUCUGCAGUUCUCUGAACAGCUUCAACAAAAAAAUGAAGAAAUUGAUAGACUUUCUGUUGAGUGUGAUGUUUGGAAAAGUAAAUUUGAAGCCAGCAGCCUUAUGGUAGAUGAUUUAGCUGGUUGGAAAGUAGCGUUAACUCGGAAGCUCAAUGAAACUCUUCAAGCAAUAAAUUCAGUGUUCAAAGAACAUGAAGUAAUUUAUGAGCAGUUGUAUACAACUUACAGAAUAUUGGAACAUACUUUAGCUGCCUUUGAACCUAGUGCCAAAGAAACUUCUAAACAGAGGCUUUCUCCUCAGAGCUUAAUACAGUUAUCUUCUGAAGUAAAGAGCUUAUCAAGCAACAUUCAGGAAAGGCUGCAAUGGAAUCCUAAUGCUGAAAUUUUGCUUCGUGCUGCACAUGAAGGCAUACGACUGUUGACACCUGCAGAAAAGGCUGCCUAUCAGGCUGUUAACAAUUUUGAUGAAUAUCCUAUGCUUCUCAAAGGUGAGCCAAUGAUGAAAGGUAUAAAAUAUGGGCCAGGAGCCAUAGCAUGUCAAGUGCUUCCUCAUGUAUGUGCAAAAGAUACCACUGUAAAUUGUUGUGUACAUUGUUCAGGAGAAAUUCAGCAUAUUUGAAUAAUGCAGUAUAUUAAAGAAUUGUAUAACAAAUAUUUUAAUGAAAAUUUAAAUUGCUGCUAUUGAAAAAUUUGAAGAUCUUAACUUGAAUACUUAAUUUUAAGCAGAGUUUAUUGAACAAAGACAUAUUGUGUAUUAUUUAUGUACAUAUAUGUACACAUAUAUAUUUUAUAUAACUAUGAAGCUAAGUCAUCAUUACUCAAAAUAAAGUUUUAGUUAAAUAUGAUUUCAUAUAUUUUAAAUUUCUCAUAUUAACUUUCUUUGAUAUAUAAAAUAUACUUAAAUGAAUGGGACUUAAGUACAUGUACAGUAUUGGAGAAGAGUCCCCCCCCACACUGCAGUAUAUAUUCUUUUAUAUUGUAUAUAAAUGUUAAUGCUAAAUGAAUGUAGAGCUGUGAUCAAUAUUUUAUAUUAAUAAAUGCAUAAAGUUAUGUGCUGUUAUACUGUAUAUUUUCAAAGUAAACCAAAUAAAGUGUUUCUAUAUUGAAAAAGAA